AUGAAAUUCCUCAUUUGCUUGGCUCUUUUCUUCGCUGUUGCCCAGGCUAAUCCUGGUUUCGUAGCUCCUUUGACUUACUCCGCAGUGCCAACCGUUGCCACUUACGCUGCUGCUCCUUAUGCCGCCUACUCUGCCUAUGCCGCUCCAGCUGUGGCGACUUAUUCUCACUACGCAGCUCCAGCUGUCUACAGCGCUCCAGCUGUCUACAGCGCUCCAGUUGCUCGUGUCGCUGCCGUGGCUCCAGCUGUCCGAAUUGCCUCAGUCGCUCCAGUUGCGUACGCAGCGCCUGUUGUGUCGACUCUCUUGAAGAAAUAAGCUGUUAUAAGAUUU